AUGGCUUCCACCACAAAUGCAAUCCCCUCUGGUGCAUCUGCCGCCGUCCUCAAAGCUUCAGAGCCAGUCCCCGAAGCUGCGGUUGCCGUCGAGGGACCUAAUUUCGACGAGCCGAUCUCCUUGCAGCAGCUGCUGGAGAACUAUAAGCGAAUCGGCUUCCAGGCGAGUAGCUUGGCGAAGGCUAUAGACAUUGUGAACAAGAUGCGCAAAUGGCGGCUUUCAGACGACCCCAUCGCCGAAGACGAAUCGGAAGAAUACAUGUCUCCCGAAGUCAGGGCUAAUACUCGUUGCGAUAUUUUCCUUGGAUACACAUCAAACUUGAUCUCAUCUGGGCUGCGCGAGGUCAUCCUGCAUUUGGUGAAACACAAGCAUGUGCGCGCGCUUGUAACCACAGCCGGAGGGAUUGAAGAAGACUUCAUCAAAUGUCUAGGCAAGACGUACCUGGCAGACUUUAAUCUGGACGGGGCGGACUUGCGGCGUAGAGGGAUGAAUCGUAUCGGAAACCUAAUUGUCCCUAAUGACAAUUACUGCAAGUUUGAAGACUGGCUCAUGCCCAUUCUCGAUGCAAUGCUUGCUGAACAAAAGGAAACCGGCGAAGUCUGGUCUCCCAGCUCGUUUAUCCGGAGACUAGGAAAAGAGAUCAAUAACGAGGAGUCAGUGUACUACUGGGCAUAUAAAAAUGAUAUACCCGUGUUCUGUCCCGCUCUGACGGAUGGAUCGCUCGGAGACAUGAUGUACUUUCACUCCUUCCGCUCGCCGGGACUGAUCGUCGACAUUGUCCGUGAUAUUCGUGCUUUGAAUGAACUGGCGCGGCAGUCCAAGAAGGCUGGAAUGGUCAUCCUCGGUGGAGGCGUUUGCAAACAUCAAAUCGCCAACGCUAUGCUGAUACGCAAUGGGGCGGAUUACUCGGUAUACAUUAAUACUGGCCAGGAAUUCGAUGGUUCUGACUCCGGUGCGCGCCCGGAUGAAGCCGUAUCGUGGGGGAAAAUCCGCGCAGGUGCUGAAUCUGUGAAGGUAUUCGCCGAUGCUACAUUGGUAUUCCCUCUGCUAGUCGCCGCAACAUUCGCUCGGGAUGUAGAAAGCAGAGACUGA